AGUCGGGGCUGUAUUACCAUGGCUCUUCCCUGACUUCCGCCUCCGUGUCCCUUUGCUGCUGCGAGCGAUGGAGGUGUUGUGGCUGGCGGAAGGGCUGGCCUCGCUGGCGGUGGCCGGGGUGCUCCUGACUGCUGUUUUUGCACACAUAACUGCAGCGAAGUUGCCAAAACUUCAUAGACACGAAGAUGAAAAGUUCUUUCUGAGUGCUGAAGAUAAGAAGCAACCUGUGCCAAGCAUCCAUGAUCCUCCAACACGUGAACUUUCCGUAGUUGUGCCUUCGUAUAACGAGGAAGAACGGUUGCCAUCAAUGAUGGAUGAAGCUUUAGACUAUCUGGAAAAAAGACAGAAACAAGAUCCAGCAUUCACAUAUGAGGUUAUUGUGGUUAAUGAUGGCAGCAAAGAUCACACCACAAAGGUUGCACUGAAGUAUACUAAAAAAUAUGGCAGUGACAAAGUGAGAGUUCUUCCUCUGGUGAAGAAUCGUGGCAAGGGAGGAGCUGUCAGAAUGGGUGUUUUCAUUUCACGAGGGAAAAAAAUACUCAUGGCAGAUGCUGAUGGUGCCACAAAAUUUGAAGAUAUUGAAAAAGUAGAAAAAGGUCUUGAGAGUCUCCAGCCUUGGCCUAACCAGAUGGCCAUUGCCUGUGGCUCUCGAGCUCACUUGGAGAAAGACUCAAUAGCACAGCGGUCAUACUUCCGAACACUUCUUAUGUAUGGAUUCCACUUUCUAGUAUGGUUUCUUUGCGUUAGAGAAAUCAGAGACACCCAAUGUGGUUUUAAACUAUUAACCCGUGAGGCUGCUUCUCGAACUUUUUCAGUACUUCAUAUAGAGCGUUGGGCAUUUGAUGUGGAACUACUCUAUAUUGCCCAGUGUCUUAAAAUACCAAUAGCAGAAGUUGCUGUCAACUGGACAGAAAUUGAAGGUUCUAAACUAGUUCCCUUCUGGAGUUGGUUGCAGAUGGGCAGGGACCUUCUCUUUAUACGACUGCGAUAUUUGACUGGUGCCUGGAAGCUUGAAACAAGAAAAGAUAAUUAGUUUAUUUAUAUUUCCAUCAAAUGGAUUGUUUUUAUAAUUAUGAUGGGUUUUUUUCAACACGUCUGUAAUAAGGAUAAGGCUGAAAUUACUCGUCAUGACUAUUCUGUAUUGCAUUUGUGAACUCACUUGAAAAACAGCCAAGAGUAUGGAUGUUGUAUAUAAUUGGCCUAUAAAAAAAGUUUUACAACCAAG